CUUUUGCGACCCGGAAGUUCUUGUAGUCGCACAUUUGGAGUUGCAAUGCGGCUUUUACACACGUGAAACGAGUAAACUGUUGUAGACUUUUGGAUGAAUCAUAUUUUGAUAUAAGUUGUAUGACUUUUUGAAGCGAGUGGAAAAUGAAGUUUGCAUACAGGUUCUCAAAUCUACUGGGAGCGGUGUAUCGUCAUGGGAACCUGAAUUUCUCCAAGGAUGGAAACUCCGUGAUCAGUCCUGUCGGAAACCGAUUAUCCGUUUUUGAUUUGAAGAACAACAAGUCAGAGACAUUGCCAGUGUCUACCACAAAGAACAUCACAUGUGUUGGUCUUUCUCCAGAUGGAAGCCUUGCCAUUCUGGUUGAUGAGGAUGGAGCUGCGAUAUUGGUGAGCCUGGUCACACGUGCUGUGCUGCAUCAUUACCAUUUCCACAAACCGGUCAACAGUGUGCGCUUCUCUCCAGAUGGCAGGAAGUUUGUGAUCACUAAAGAGAACGUAGCACUGAUGUACUAUGCCCCAGGGAAGAAGCGUGAGUUCAAUGCCUUUCAGCUGGACAAGAGCUACUAUGGCCCCUACGAUGAGACCACUUGCAUUGACUGGACAACGGACUCCAAGUGUUUUGCCGUGGGCAGUAAGGACAUGUCCACCUGGGUAUUUGGUGCAGAGCGCUGGGCCAACCUCAUCUACUACUCUUUAGGUGGCCACAAAGAUGUGGUGGUGGGCUGCUUCUUUGAGAAAGACAGCUUGGAUCUGUACACUGUGAGCCAGGAUGGCACCCUGUGUAUGUGGGAGAGCGACACGGAGCCCGAGGAGCUAAAGAAGGGGCUUCGCUACAAGGAGCGCAAACAGAAAGAGCGCCAGAACACCCGAGUAACGGAGGAUCAGGAGGAGGAAGUAGUGGAGGAAGGAGAAGGUGGAGAGAUGAGGGGAGAGGUGAUCAAAGGGAGCGCAGAUGUGCCCCAAGAAGAGGACGGAAUCAAGAAUGUGCGCUACAGGCAGAGGAGCAAGCAGUUCUUUAACAAAGAGGGCGACUUCAACAAGCUGACUGCCGCAGCCUUUCACAAGGACACUCACAUCCUAGUGACCGGUUUUGCAUCGGGAGUUUUCCACCUACACGAGCUGCCCGAGUUUAACCUCAUACACUCCCUCAGCAUUUCUGAUCAGCGGAUCGCCGCCAUAGCUAUGAAUUGCACAGGAGACUGGAUUGGUUUUGGCUGUUCAGGUCUAGGCCAGCUGUUGGUGUGGGAAUGGCAGAGUGAAUCUUAUGUCUUCAAACAGCAGGGUCAUUUCAACAACAUGGCAGCUCUGGCGUACUCUCCUGAUGGGCAGUACGUAGCCACAGGAGGGGAUGAUGGGAAGGUGAAAGUGUGGAACACCAACAGCGGUCUGUGUUUUGUGACCUUCACUGAGCACACCAGCAGUGUCACAAACGUCACCUUCACCUCCAGCGGCUUUGUGGUGGUCAGCGCUUCACUGGACGGAACAGUUCGCGCGUUUGACCUGCACAGGUACAGAAAUUUCCGAACCUUUACGUCUCCCCGACCAGCGCAGUUCUCCUCCCUCGCUGUAGAUGGCAGCGGGGAGCUGGUCUGUGCUGGAGCCCAGGACUCCUUUGAGAUCUUCCUCUGGUCCAUGCAGACUGGUCGCUUGCUGGAGGUCCUUAGUGGUCAUGAAGGUCCAGUGAGCUCUCUGAGUUUCUGCCCGUCACGCGCUGUCUUGGCCAGUGCCUCCUGGGACCGGACUGUCCGCCUCUGGGACAUGCUGGACAGUUGGCAUGCCAAAGAGGUGUUGCGACUCACAUCUGACGGCAUGGCCGUGGCAUACCGGCCGGAUGGCCAGGAGCUCGCCGUGGCAACACUGGACGGCGAGAUCUCUUUCUGGAACUCUCAGACAGCAGCACAAAUGGGGUCGAUCACUGGACGCCAUGACCUACAGAUGGGACGCAAAGACGCAGACAAGAUCACCGCCAAACAGUCCUCCAAGGGCAAGUCUUUUACGUCCUUGUGCUACUCAGCUGAUGGCGAGUCCAUUCUGGCUGGUGGCCACUCCAAAUUUGUGUGCAUCUAUAACAUACGAGAGCAGGUCCUCCUCAAGAAGUUUGAAAUCUCCUGCAACUUGUCUUUGGAUGCCAUGGAGGAGUUCCUGGACAGACGUAAGAUGACGGAGUUUGGCAGUCUGUCCAUGGUGGAUGAAGGGGCUGGUGAUGGAGAUGGAGUUGAGGUCAGCCUACCUGGAGUCAGGAGAGGGGAUAUGAGCUCCCGUCACUUCAAGCCAGAGAUCCGGGUUAGCUCUCUGCACUUCUCUCCUACUGAAAUAUAUUUUAACGAGACACAGUAA